AUGAAAUUAUUUUCAGAUCCUAAUUCAAAGACUCCUCCUCAAGAAGAACUGACUACUCAGGUAUCAUCUCCUGUGUUCGGAGCUACCUCUAAUGUGAAAAGUGGUUUUGGUUUGAAUACAAGUUUGUCCCCUUCUCUUUUGGAGACUGGGAAAAAAAGCCAUCUGAAAACAGCACCUUUUAGCAGCACUUCUAAUUCUAGAUUAGAGAAAACUAGAUCAAAAUCUGAAGAUAGUUCCCUUUUCACACAUCCUAAUCUUGGGUCUGAAGGGAACAAGAUUAGCCAAUCUUCUAAUAAACAGAUGCUUAUAAAUAAAAAUAUAAGUGAAUCCAUAAGUGAACAGGAUAAUAUUGAUCAUAUUAAAAAUGCUAUUACUGAUAAACAUGUGGUGCCCCUGAAAUCAUUGGGAUGCAAAACAUCCAAAAGGAAGAAAAUUGAGGAAGAAAGUGAAGAUGAAGCAAGCUGCCCCCAAGCCUCUUUUGAUAAAGAAAAUGCUUUUCCUUUUCCACUGGAUAGUCAUUCUUCUAUGAAUGGAGACUAUGUGAUGGAUAAACCUCUGGAUCUCUCUGAUCGAUUUUCAGCUAUUCAGUGUCAAGAGAAGAGCCAAGGAAGUGAGACCUCUAAAAUCAAAUUUAGACAGGUGACACUCUAUGAGGCUUUGAAGCCCAUUUCAAAGGGUUCUUCCUCAAGCCGAAAGUUUUUAAGUGGUAGCUUUGUGCCAGCCAAAGAUCCUCCAGAGGAGCCCCGUUUACAGGAGUAUGUCCUUCAGCCCCUGAUUAAAUCCUCUCCAGAUAACAAAACACCAUUACAAAUAAAAGAAGAAAAUCCUAUCUUUAAAAUCCCUCUACAUCCACGUGAAAGUUUGGAAACAGAGAAUCUUUUUGAUGAUGUGAAGGGUACUGGUUCUCAUGAACCAGUAAGAAUAAAAACCAGGUCAGUUCAUGGAGAAUGUGAACUUGCAUCAGUUCUUCAGUUAAAUCCAUAUAGAAUCGCUAAAACAAAACCUCUACAAAACAAUCAAGAUGUAUUCUGUGAAAACCAGCAGUGGAGUAUAGAUCCAGGAGCAGACCUUUCUCAAUAUAAAAUGGAUAUUACUGUAAUAGAUACAAAGGAUGGCAGUCAACGAUUAGCAAUUCGGGGGCAAAAAUAG